UUCGACACGUCAUCUCAUCUUCCCUCGUCCCUUUUCUUUAUUUUUCUUUCUUUAUUUCCUCCGAUGUGAUUGAUCUAAGCCGACAAGCGACGGUAUCGUUCGUCUGGGAUAAGGAUUAGGGUUAGGGUUUGGUUGGUUGCAUCAGAGGGAGGAGGUCGAUCAUGACGGGCAAGGCGAAGCCGAAGAAACACACGGCGAAGGAGAUCGCGUCGAAGGUCGACGCGGCGACGACGAAUCGGGGCGGCGGUAAGGCGGGACUGGCGGACCGGUCGGGCCACGACAAGGGCGGCCACGCCAAGCUGGAGUGUCCCCUCUGCAAGACCACCGCCCCCGACAUCAAGUCCAUGCAGAUCCACCACGACGCCCGCCACCCCAAGGUCCCAUUCGACGAGUCCAAGCUCAUCAACCUUCACGUCAGCUGCGCCCCCGAGACCUCCAAGGGCCGCCCCGGCGUCCGCGGCAGCUUCAAGAAGUAGCUUCCUCUGGUGAUUGAUGUCAUCGGUAAUACCACUAGAGAUUGCUCCUCAGUUUGCCCUUUCCCUGCUUCUAGCAAUAUUAGUAUCUUCAUCUUCGUCAUUGCUGCUGUCUUGAACGAUGUGUUUCUUGCCCGCCUUUCCACCCAUGGCCAGAUCCUUGUCGCCCCCGAGCUGUUUGUUCUUUUGUGUUUGUGCGCUUGAGCGAUUGGUCUUAAGUGUGGCAGGCAGGUAUAAUGUUCGUGCGGUGGAGAGAACAUAGGGACAUGUGAUCAAGUUGUCAUGAACAGCUGGAUGUUCGACUUUAUAAUUGCCUAUGGUAGUUCUACUACUAUUGGUUUGUUCGAUCCAAUUAAUCGCCUCCCUUUCUAGUUUCCUA